GUGUCAAUACAACUGUUGGCUCCGCCACAGGGCGGCACAAAUAAAUUAGGCAUGGCUCCGAAGGCUGCACCUGCAAAACAGGAGAAGAAAACGAAGGAUCAGUCUAAGAAGACAAAGGAUGAUAAAAAUGCUUCGAAGAAAGCACAAAAACCCUCAAAAUCACUCAGUGCUCUGAAGGGCGUUAAAGGCGGAAAGGUUGUUAAGCCUGGAAACAAAAAGUCGGCAGCUGCCCAAAAGGCUCUCAAAGCGCAACGUGCUAUAACUCUUGGUACACACACAAAGGGCAAGAAAAAAGUGAUGUAUACCACAAGGUUCAGGCGUCCAAAAACCUAUAAACCACCGCGGUGCCCGAAGGACAGGCGAUUUUUGAUUCCUAAACGUAACAAACUUGAUGCCUUCCGCAUUAUUCAGCAUCCAGUAACAACAGAAGCUGCAAUGAAAAAGAUUGAAGACAAUGACACCUUGGUGUUUAUUGUUGACAGGCGAGCCAACAAGCCAGCUAUCAAAGCUGCUGUUCAAGAACUCUAUAACAUCAAGGUUGCCAAGGUCAAUACGCUUAACUGUCCUGGCAAUAUCAAGAAAGCUUACGUUAAACUACCUCCAGAUUUUGAUGCUUUGGAUGUAGCUAACAGAAUUGGAAUAAUAUAAAUUGUAAAUAUAUAUGUACUGGACUGACAUUGUGUUAUACGAAAAUUGAUUAUUUCCUCACCUAAUAUGUCAUAACUUCAGUGUGAUGGUGGAGCUCGAGUACUUUGAAUAAAUGUCUCAGCUC